CCGGGGGGGGUGUCCCUCUUGCCCCCAGCGGACCCCCUGCGCCAAGCGAACCGGCUCCCUAUCAGGGUCCUGAAGAUGCUGAGCGCUCACACCGGCCACCUCCUGCACCCGGAGUACCUGCAGCCGCUGUCUUCCACUCCCGUCAGCCCCAUAGAGCUGGACGCCAAGAAGAGCCCGUUGGCGCUGCUGGCCCAGACUUGUUCGCAGAUCGGCAAGCCGGACCCGCCGCCCUCGUCCAAGCUCAACUCGGUGGCGGCGGCAGCCAACGGGCUGGGAGCGGAGAAGGACCCCGGCCGCUCCACCUCGGGCGCUGCCUCCGCGUCUGCGGUGCUCAAGCAGCUGGGGGACUCCCCCGUCGAGGACAAGUCCAGCUUCAAGCCCUACUCCAAGGGCUCCAGCGGCGACUCCCGUAAAGACAGCGGCUCCUCCUCUGUGUCCUCCACCUCCUCUUCCUCCUCGUUGUCCCCGGGAGACAAGGCAGGCUUCAGGGUCCCCAGCGCCGCCUGCACGCCCUUUCCCCCGCAUGGAGCGCCCGUCUCCGCAUCUUCGUCUUCCUCCUCGCCUGGUGGCUCCCGGGGCGGCUCCCCGCACCACUCUGACUGCAAGAAUGGCGGCAGCGGGGAGCUGGACAAGAAAGACCAGGAGCCCAAGCCCAGCCCGGACGCCGCCGCAGCCGCCGCCGCCGCUGCCUCCUGCCACCUGCCCCCCCCCCCGCCCUCCGCCCCGGGCAGCCCCGGAUCGCUGUCAUUGCGGAGUCCACACACUUUGGGGCUAAGCCGGUACCACCCCUACGGCAAGAGCCACUUAUCCACAGCUGGGGGCCUGGCCAUGCCGUCUCUCCCCACAGCCGGACCCUACUACUCGCCAUAUGCGCUGUACGGACAGAGACUAGCCUCAGCCUCGGCACUUGGAUACCAGUAACUACAGCUCUUCCUCCCACCCGCUCCCUGACCCUCCCCCAGCCUCUUGGCCUGGCCGCUGCAACCUCCACUACUGCUUGUCCUGCCAGAUGUCCCCGCCCGUGCCCUCCCCACUGGACUGUGUAUUUAUUUACUAUAAUGUUAGCUUACAAGCUGGGAAUAUAAGUGCAUUAACGGCCCACACGAGUCAAUGGUAUGCAAAAAGUCUGUGUUUUCCCCAAAUAAUAUUAAUCACACAAGUAACUACAUGCUCCCCAUCCCACUUCCUUUAUUUUUUCUUUUUCUUAGAUAUGUUUUAAUUUGUUUUCCUUUUGCUUUUUUUUUUUUUUUUUUUUUUUUUUUUUUUUUUUGGUUUGGUCUUAGGGGAAGAAGGAGAGUUGGGGUUCUGGGGUUCUUCUCUUUGUUUUGUUCUCCCUUCCUGGGGAGUUUCUUGCAUGCUUCUUAACCAUUAAAACUACAUUUCCCCCCUUUCCCUUCAUUCCCUCAUUUUCUUCCAUUUGAGGUUCUGUUUUUACCUUUGUACCAGAAACAGAGAGGAGAUAUUUUUUGUAACGUAUUUGGAGGGUGCGGGGAGGGGCCUUGGUGGCAGGAGGUCUUGCCUCUGUUGACCCAGAACUCUACUCUGUGACUUCUCCCUUGCAGCCCUCUCCUCCCAGGGUCCCUGGUCUUUGCCCUGGCCUCCCCCAAAUUAGAGCCUUUCUUCCCUACCUUGCUCUGUGUAUGGAGAGCCCUGAGAGAGGGACCCCAGUGGCCUUGGACAGAGCCCUCUGCUUCCAGACUCUUCCGACCCCAAACACUGCUCGCUGGGUAGGAAGGAGGGGAGUGGUCCUAUAGGGCUCAUCUUAUUUAAUUAAAAGUCCUAGAAGGCCUUGCCGGCAUGAAACUUUGCUUUUUAUAUUUUGCAAAGUGCUUUUAUAGUCAUUGUUUUUCUCUCCAUUAUUGGGGCAGUGGUCCCUCUCCUGGCAGUGGGGGGUGGCGUCAGCAAUCCUUGCUAGAUCCCUCCAAAGCAGACCAGUGGCACUAUCAGCGGGCAGUACAACCUUUUAGCUCCGUUGGGGGAAGGUUGGACGGUAAAGGAGCAUACAGAUCGCAAUAGCCCCCCUUCAUCCCUUCCCAGGCUUGUCCCAACAGAUUCCCCAAAGUUGGGGACUUCCUUGGGCUCCCUCGGUGACUGGGAUUGAAGACUUGGGUCCUGUGUCUUCUCCCCACACCGUCCCUUCUCUUAUGCAGCAUCGUGGGGAGGCUGCGGGGCCUCUCUGGGAUGAAUAGAGCUCUCCCUUGGUAAGACUUAUUUUGUUAAUAAAUGAAAUACUUGGCUAUAUUCA